UCAAAAUUUCAAUUUACACCACCAAACCCAAGAAAGAUCGAAUAUCACUCCUAAAAUCUUUUGCCUCACUGCUAAUUCUUCUUUCAUGGAUUUAUCGGAGCAAGAGGUAGACUUGUUCGGUGAUUUAGAAUUCGAAAACGAAGAUACCCAUAAAAAGGAAGACGAUAGCGGCCAACAAUCUUCAUCAUCUGCUUCCUCUUCAUCCUCCUCCUCAUCCUCUUCGUAUUCAUCGUCCAAUCGGAGCAGUAGCGGAGGAGGGGGGAGAGGUAGUGGCAGUGGCACUGGCAGUGAUAGCAGCGGUGGUUCCGUCAGCGCUGCUGCUGCUGCUACCGGAGAUGCUGUUGGUGGAGGUGAAGAGGUAGAGGAAGAUGAGGAUAAUGGUGAAGUGAGGUCAACUUAUUAUAAUCAGCAGUAUGGUUAUGAUGAUGAUUAUAAUGUUGUUGAAGAAGAUAAAGAUUUGUUUGGGUCUGAUAAUGAAGAAUAUGUUAAAACCCAAAUUGCUAGUCCUUUUCCUGUUCCUGUUUUACCACAACCCCCAGCUCGUAAUACAAACAAUCCAGGCAGAGGAGGAAGUUUUGGUCGUGGACGUUGGCAAAAUGACAGAGGAGGAGCUGGCAUCCUUCCUCGGCCUGGACCAUUUCCCCAGAGACAAAACUAUGGUUAUGGGUCUAAGUUYUAUGCUCCUCGUAAUGAUGAACGUUUUGUUUCAGAACUCAAGUUUUCCAAGAGUGAAGAAACAUUGUCGAGGAAGUGCAUAGCAUUUCAAGAGCCGACUGAACUUGGUUGCUAUAGUCGUGURGAAGGCGGAGAAGUGUACUUCGAUGAUAGMAGUUUGCGGCUUUUUAAGCGUCUUAUUACUGAAGAUAUCGGAGCUGAUUUGAACCAAGGUUUUGAUACUUUUAUUGAGAAGAAAGAUUUGGGCUCCCAGGGCUUUGGAGAUCUCCUAGCUUGCAUACGAAACAAAAAUAUUCCGUUACAGAAUAUGCAUUUUGUGACCUAUCGGAACAACCUCAAUAAGAUAUUGGCCACUGCUUAUAUGAGGCACGAGCCUUGGGAAAUGGGUGUGCAUAAAAGGAAAGGGGUUGUGUAUCUUGAUGUGCAUAAACUGCCUGAAAGGCCAAAAAGUGAGCUGGAUCGUCGGAGGUGUUAUUGGGGAUAUUGCUUUGAGACGCUUGCUACUGAAGAUCCAACAAGGGAUGAUGGAGAAGGGAUACACCAUGUUGAUGCCAACGUUGAAUAUUGUUCUGUAGUUAAAACCAAAUUAGGUGCACAUCGGAUUCUAAUGGGUGCUGAAAUGGACUGCUGUGAUUCCAUGGAUGAUGGAAGGAGAUUUUAUGUGGAACUAAAAACUAGUCGUGAGUUGGAUUACCACACUGAGGAAAGAUUUGAGAGGGAGAAAUUGCUAAAGUUUUGGAUUCAGUCUUUUCUUGCUGGUGUCCCGUUUAUCGUCAUUGGUUAUAGGGAUGAUGCUGGCCGGCUUGUGCGUACAGAGAGAUUAAGAACGAAAGACAUAACUCACCGGGUAAAAAUGAAAAAUUAUUGGCAGGGAGGAGUUUGCUUGGCAUUUGCUGAUGAGGUUUUAUGUUGGCUGUAUGGCACCGUGAAAGAGAAUGAAGACUAUAUACUGCAAUUUGCUGCACCAUUUACGCGUUUGGAGCUUCUAACUGCACAAUCUUGCCCACAAGAAAUAACUGAUCAUGUUGAGCAACUAUGAAUGAAGAAAGUGGUGGGUGAUGGUCUUUUUUCAUGGCCAAAUCCUAGGAUUUCUUUUUGUUGUGGGAAAAAGAAUUUAGAGACUGAAAGGCAUGCCCUGAAGCCAAAGAUGGCUGGCUCUUUUGAAUUCUGGGCAUCAUGAUAUGAUAUGAUAUAUACAUAUAGCAGCACAUGAAGAUUUGCAUCAUGUUUUGUUUAUGUACGUACCUGUAACGAUCUAACUUUUGUUUCUUCUAGAGUUUAUGCCCAAUUAGUAUUUGGAUUGAAAAUACACACCAUUUUUUAGUUGUUUUGUUUCUGUUCAUGCUA